GGAUCCUGUCGGGCUGAGGAAGGAGGCGGGGGGGGGGAGUCUCUCUUGGUAAGGAGCCCGCGAUGGGAGUCUCCGGAGUGGCUGGGGAAGGCGAAGGAUGCACAAAAGGCAGCAGCGCCAGGAGGUGUCAAUAUUUAUAUGGCUCAGCCUGACCGUCUGCUCCUUCUGGCAAAUGAUAUGAUGUCAGAUAGAAAUAAUCUCACUUACCAGAAUCUUGGGACAGAUGCCAGUAAAAUGAUGGAAGGGUACGGUCACGUGCAAAACCAGAUGGAAUUACAAAAUCCCAAUUUAGGGAAGGAGGGAGUGAUGAAUUCACUUGAAAAUGAUCUCCAGGAUAUAAUGGACAGACUUAACCAGAAAAAGAAUUCACAGAGUCUGAAGUUCAAGGCAAACGGUGAUUGUGCUGGUUCUUACUUAACACUCUCACAGCCGCUGCCACCCAAAUCCAGCCCUGCAUCUAGUGUUAAGAGUAUGUCGUCUGCUUCCAAACUCCAAGGAAGCAAGCCAUUGGCUUGUGAGAGCUCUUACCUUUCAGAAAAGAACAUCUCUGGGAAGCAUCUGGGCUCCAUUUCAGGCACGUCUCCAUCCUUAAGUGGGUACAGCCUAGGGAAGAGAGACUUUGAUAUUUACGUUCCCAGAGAAAAUGAGAAACAGUUCGGACAUCUGGAUAAGUUUCCCUACUCAAAGUAUAGCCAGAAGAAUAAAUCUUACGAUAACGUCUACUUCCCAGGAGUGCUGGAUGGGCGGAAAAACUCUGCGUCUCUUCUUGCCAUGUGGAAUGGAAGCUCAGGGAGUGAGAUAAUCCUUUCACCACACGGAUGCUCGGGAGCUGCUAGUAUGCCCUCCAGCCCAAAACAAGGCAGGAGGAUGAAUAUUCAAGAUAUCCUUUCACUUCAGACCAGACCAGCUAAACAGAAGGACCCAACCGUGGACAUGUUGGGGUCUAGAACCAGGAAGUAUUCUGGAGGCUCCCUGAGCCAUAUGGGAGUUUACAGCCGUUCUUUACCCAGGCUUUACAAAUCAUCAGAAAGCCAGCUGGUGCCGCUAAGUUUACCCCCAAGGAGCUCCCUUGGGAACACCAAAAGAAAAAAGAUUGUGGAAAAAGAUCUUCUACCUCAGAGUAUACUGGAUGCUGACAAUUACCUUAACUUUUCUUCCUACACCUCAGGGGUUUCCCCGCAUACGAACUAUGCAUCUGAAACCAAUUCCUAUGUGAAUUCAACUCUCAGUGUUCCUGCCAGCCCCCGCAUAGCUCGGAAAAUGAUCCUGGCUGCUUCUUCCCCAUACAUGCCUGACGACUUUGACAGAGUUGGACUCUCAGGGAUGAGCCCAAGCAAUUCUUUCGCUUCCGUGGAUCCCGAGAGAGCGUUCCCUAUCAGAAGGAAAGUUUCCAGCAGUUCCAUGGAGUUCGAGGAAACGGAGCUGGAAAGCCUCAGGCAGACCCCUUCCAUCCGGGAGCGAAAGAAUAGCAUUAGUUCUGUUUCCGGAAGGGAUGACCUCAUGGACUACCACCGGAGGCAGAGGGAAGAAAGGCUGAAAGAGCAGGAGAUGGAGCGACUGGAGCGUCAGCGGCUGGAGACCAUUCUUAACCUGUGUGCAGAAUAUUCCAAGCCAGACAGUGAUCCUGCCACUGUCACAACUGUAGCCGAUGUUCAGAAAAUCAAUAAAGAACUAGAAAAGCUUCAGGUAUCUGAGGAAGAUUCUGUCUUUGAAGAUUCUCAGAUGACUCCCGAAACGAGAUUCAGAAAUCACUUGCAGAUGCCAACUGGAGAUUCUGACUUUUCUGAGUUCAGUGAUCUAGGUCAAAAUGCUAUGGGAUUCUUUACCCCCAGAGGGAUGAGAACAAAUAAACAUUUAGGUGACAACAGGACAACAUCACCCUUACCUUCUUCUCCCUUCUUGAAGAGUGCCAAUGAAUCGUCCUACCUGAGCAUCAUGUCCAAGACACCAGAGUGCAUAAGUGAUGAACAAAGAGCACUGGAGCUUAAUCAGAUGGAAGAACAGCGUAUUAUAAUACUGAAUAACUUAGAAGAACUUGAGCAGAAGGUCAAAGAUUUAAAUGAUCAGAUGGAUGAAUCCUCUAGGGAGAUGGAUAUGGAAUGUGCCCUGUUGGAUGGGGAGCAGAAAUCUGAAACAGCUGAACUUCUCAAGGAGAAGGAAAUACUGGAUCAUUUAAACAGGAAGAUAGCCGAGCUGGAGAGAAAUGCCAUUGGUGAAAAGACCAAGGAAAAAAUAAAGCUUGAUGCUCAGAGGGAAAAACUAGAAAAGCUUCAGGAGCUUUAUACCGAGCAGAAGACACAGCUUGAUAAUUGCCCCGAGUCCAUGCGGGAACAAUUGCAACAGCAGCUAAACAGGGAUGCUGACCUGCUGGAGGUAGAAAGCAAACAUUUUGAAGACCUGGAGUUUCAGCAGCUUGAAAAUGAGAGCAGGUUAGAUGAGGAGAAGGAGAACUUAACACAGCAGCUCCUGCGUGAAGUGGCUGAAUAUCAACGCAACAUUGUCAGUAGAAAGGAAAAAAUUUCUGCCCUCAAAAAACAAGCCAAUCACAUUGUCCAGCAGGCGCAAAGAGAACAAGAUCAUUUUGUGAAAGAGAAGAAUAACCUCCUAAUGAUGUUGCAAAGGGAGAAGGAGAACCUUUGUAAUCUAGAAAAGAAAUAUUCUUCACUAUCGGGAGGAAAAGGCUUCCCCCUAAGUCCCAGCAGUCUAAAAGAGGGUUAUGUGAGUGUAAAUGACAUUAGUGAGCCGUAUGGCAAUUCCACGAAUAUAUCCCUUUCCACUCAAGCCCCCACGGCUGCUGAGGCUGUUCCCACUGAACCUUCCACAGCUGGCCUGAUGAGCCAGACACAAAAUAAAGAGCUAAGAUCGCCUCUCUGUUCUGGAUUUGUGUUUCCUCACUCCCUUUCUCCUCGCCCUCUUGCACAACUUUCACCAGCCCACUGGUCUGAGGUCAGGGCUGCAAAUGUAGAGUCUUUUCCUUUGCCUGACACACCACCACCUCUUCCAGCUAAGAAACACCGAAGGCAGUCACAGCACUUCCGAAAUCUGGAAGAGAGGAAGAAGCAGCAUAAAGAAGGCCCAUACAUGAGUGAUACCUUGCCACGCAAGAAGCCAGCUCCCUCCGUGUCUCCCCAUUUCAGCAGUUCUACUCUUGGAAGGAGUGUUAAGGGUCAUCCUCCACUUGGACAAAGCAACAGCUGUGGCAGCGUACUCCCUCAUUGUUUGGGAACUAUGACCAAAGAGUCUGAACCAAGGAGGAUGCAUAAAGGAAAAGGCAGGAAAGGAGCAAUUAAUCAUUCCAAAAGUGCAAGUAUUAAAGGUUAUAACAACCAACAUAUCUGUGAAGAUCAAAUCCAGAAAUCUCCUCAGUUCUAUAGCAGAACUGCUUCUGAAUCAAAUGUGUAUCUGAAUGCCUUCCAUUAUCCUGAUCAUAAUUUCAAGGACCAUGCCUUUGAUACUCUAAGCUUAGACAGUUCUGACAGUAUGGAGACCAGCAUUUCUGCCUGCUCCCCAGAUAAUAUCUCCAGUGCCAGUACUUCAAAUGUUGCAAGAAUAGAAGAAAUGGAAAGACUUUUGAAACAAGCUCAUGCUGAAAAGACUCGAUUACUUGAAUCCAGGGAACGAGAAAUGGAAGCUAAAAAAAGAGCGCUGGAAGAAGAAAAGCGUCGCAGGGAACAGCUAGAAAAAAGACUGCAAGAAGAAACUAGCCAGCGACAAAAACUAAUUGAAAAAGAAGUUAAGAUACGUGAAAAGCAAAGGUCGCAGUCUCGCCCACUGACUCGUUAUUUACCUGUCAGAAAGGAAGAUUUUGAUCUACGCAGCCACAUAGAGACAGCAGGGCACAAUAUAGAUACCUGUUACCAUGUCUCACUCACAGAGAAGACCUGCCGAGGUUUUCUUAUUAAGAUGGGAGGGAAAAUUAAAACCUGGAAGAAGCGAUGGUUUGUGUUUGACAGGAACAAGAGAACAUUUUCUUAUUAUGCAGACAAACACGAAACCAAGUUAAAAGGAGUAAUUUAUUUCCAAGCCAUUGAAGAAGUCUAUUAUGAUCACCUAAAGAAUGCUAAUAAGAGUCCUAAUCCAUUGCUUACUUUCAGCGUUAAGACACAUGACAGAAUAUAUUACAUGGUGGCCCCCACACCAGAAGCUAUGCGGAUAUGGAUGGAUGUAAUAGUUACAGGCGCAGAAGGCUAUACCCACUUCAUGUUAUAGUAAAAUGGGGCAAAGUUUCUUUGGCAGGGCAUAAUGCAAUAAACAGCCUCACAUUUGGGGAAGGUGGGGAGAAGCCAUAUUUAAUCACGUUGGACAAGUCACACCCAAAAGCAAGAAGCCACAGGUCAGAAACGGAACACAUGCUGUGUACGGGAACAUUAAUUCUUAGAUUUGUUAAUCACUGACAUAGCAGAAGAAAAGAAAAGCUGCUUAAAAGAUUGUAGU